AGCGAAGACCCGCCCUUUACGAAGAGCUUCCUAUUGGGUCUGGGGUCUCCGCGCGCUGAUUAGUUACAUUCCUUGACAAGCAGCUGCUUCACCCAAUCAGAGCUGGGGAACCGCGUUGCCGUGGCGACGCCGCAAUUUCCCGCCUGCCCGUUACCGCGGCAACCACGCAGUGGCGAGGAGGCGGGGCCAGCCGCGCGGCUUGAAGGAGCGAUUGGCUGCGCGCGCUGUCAAUCAGCGGCGCGGCUUCCGGCGGCGGGACGGGCCCGCGCCGCCGCCGCAGCCGCCGCCCCUCCCGGCGCCAUGGAGGUGACGGUGGGCACGGCGGCGCUGGCGCUGGCGCUGCUGCUGCUGCCGCUGCUGUACGAGCGCUGCGGCUCCUUCCGCUUCUUCUGCAAGAUGGGCUUCUACAACGGCUGGAUCCUGCUGCUGGCCCUGCUGGCCAUCCCCCUGUGCGCCCUGCGCGGCCGGGACGUGGAGAACAUGAAGAUCAUCCGGGGGCUGAUGCAGCACGUCAAGCGCCUCUACGGGAUCCGCAUGGAGGUCAGGGGGGCGCAGCACUUCCCCCCACGGCAGCCCUACGUGGUGGUCAGCAACCACCAGAGCUCCCUGGACCUGCUGGGGAUGAUGGAGGUGCUCCCAGACCGCUGCGUCCCCAUCGCCAAGCGCGAGCUGCUCUACAUGGGCGCCGUGGGCGUGGUCUGCUGGCUCGGGGGCAUCAUCUUCAUCGACCGCAAGAGGACCCACGACGCCAUCAGCGUCAUGGCCGAGGCCGCCCACACCAUGCUCAGCCAGGACGUGCGGGUGUGGGUGUUCCCCGAGGGCACGCGCAACCACAGCGGCUCCAUGCUGCCCUUCAAGCGCGGCGCCUUCCACCUGGCCGUGCAGGCCCAGGUGCCCGUGGUGCCCAUCGUGAUCUCGUCCUACCAGCACUUCUACAGCAAACGCGAGCGGCGCUUCACCGCCGGGCACUGCGUGAUCCAGGUGCUGCCCCCGCUGCCCACGCGGGGGCUGGGCCCGGCCGACGUUCCGGCGCUGACCGAGUGCGUGCGGGCGGCCAUGCUGCGCGCCUUCGAGGCGCUCUCGGCCGAGCUCGGUGACCACAGUGACCACCCGAGUGACCACAGUGACCACCGGAGUGACCAGCACACUGACCAGCCCAGUGACCACCGGAGUGACCACAGUGACCACCCGAGUGACCACAGUGACCACCCGAGUGACCCCCUGAGCAACCAGCUGAGUGACCACCGCAGUGACCAGAGGAGUGACCCCCUGAGUGACCGGCCCAGUGACCAGCACAGCCCCACGGCCACCCCAAGUGACCAGAGGAGUGACCCCUGGAGUGACCAGCACAGCCCCACGGCCACUCAGAGUGACCAACGGAGUGACCAACGGAGUGACCAAUGGAGUGACCAGCACAGCCCUGCAGGCCUGAGAGACCCCCAGAGUGACCCCCAGAGUGACCAACAGAGCCCCACGGCCACAAGUGACCCCCAGAGUGACCGGCCCAGCCCCACGGCCGCCCUGAAUGACCCCUGGAGUGACCACCAGAGUGACCACCAGAGUGACCAGCAGAGUGACCACCAGGGCCCUCCGUGCCCGAGCGACCCCUGGAGCGACCCCUGGAGUGACCCCCGGAGUGACCCCUGGAGUGACCCCCAGCACCCCACAGCCCCCUGGAGUGACCCCCAGUGCCCGGCACUGACCCACGGGGUGACCCCGCAGUGACCCCCGGCCCUGCAGCCCCACGGGGGACAGUGGGGCACGGACUGACCCCUGAGUGACCCCUGGGAGGGGACAGUGACCCUGAGUGACCCCUGAGUGGGGCAGGAACUGACCCCCGAGUGGGGCCUGGACUGACCCCCAAGUGCGGCCACGAGUGACCCCUGAGUGGGGACAAAGUGACCCCCGAGUGGGGCAGGAACUGACCCCCAAGUGCGGCCACGAGUGACCCCUGAGUGGGGACAAAGUGACCCCUGAGUGACCCCUGAGAGGGGCCUGGACUGACCCCCCGAGUGGGGCCCGGAGUGACCCCCAAGUCAGACACGGUUUGACCCCCAGGGGAGGCCACAGCUGACCCCUAAGUGGGGCCUGGACUGACCCCCAAGUGGGGCCAAACUGACCCCUAAGUGGGGUCCGGAGUGACCCCCGAGUGGGGCCUGGACUGACCCUUAAGGGGGCCCGGACUGACCCCCAAGUGGGGCCCGGAGUGACCCCCGAGUGGGGACAAACUGACCCCUGAGUGACCCUGAGCGGGGCAGGAACUGAGCCACGAGUGGGGCCUGGACUGACCCAUGGCAGGAUGUGGGGGCUGACCCCCAAGUGACCCCCCAGGUGGUGUCCAGAGUGACCCCCAAGUGGGGCCUGGACUGACCCCUAAGUGGGGGGCCUGGACUGACCCCUAAGUGGGGCCAAACUGACCCCCAAGUGUGGCCACAAGUGACCCCCAAGUGGGGCCUGGACUGACCCUUAAGGGGGGCCUGGACUGACCCCCAAGUGCGGCCACAACUGACCCCUAAGUGGAGCCCAGAGUGACCCUUAAGGGGGGCCCGGACUGACCCCUAGGUGUGGCCACAAGUGACCCCCAAAUGGGGCCAAACUGACCCCCAAGUGUGGCCACAACUGACCACUGAGUGGGGCCAAACUGACCCCCAAGUGGAGCCCAGAGUGACCCCCAGGUGGUGUCCGGAGUGACCCCGCGUGACCCCGAGUGCCCCACAGCCGUGGGGGGCUGUGACCCACGGCGGGGGCGUGGCCGGGCGUGGCCGGCGCUGAUUGGCUGCCGCAGCCAAGCCCCGCCCCCUCGAAGCUGUGUAUUUAUUGGGGGGGGGCGCGGAUUUUGCCAAAUUUCCCUCCCGGCUUUUAAUAAACUCCCCAAAAUCCCCCCAGAA